GAGUGUGUGGCUGUGUGCAACCUCCCCCAAUCAGCGACCAAAUUGCUCCUUAUGCUGCUAUUGAAAAUAUCUCAGUUCAGAAACUAACUCCAGAGUAUAAGAUUGGCAUGGAACCAUUGAUGAAAAUGAAGACACCUCCGAUGAAAGCAGGAGAACUGUGGCGAGACAAACCAGCUAUUUUCCUUUGUCUCCGGCGACCAGGGUGCAUCAUGUGCAGAGCAGAGGCACACAAGCUCUUCUCCAGGAAACCCAUAUUUGAUGCACUUGGGGUACAACUAUUUGCGGUUGUUCAUGAGCACAUGGAGUCAGAGAUCAAAGAUUUCUGGCCUCGAUAUUGGGGUGGUGUUGUACUUUUCGAUCGGGGUAAGGAUUUCUUCAAAGCUCUUGGAGGGGGAAAAUUGCACAAGGAAAAGUUUUUCUCUGGAUUUUUACUGAACCCACGAGCAAUUUCCAAUUACAAGCGUGCAAAAGCUACAGGAUUUCAAAAAAACUUUAGAGGGGAAGGAGAAAUAAAGGGUGGACUCUUCAUAGUCGGAAGUGGAAAGACUGGUAUUGCUUACCAGUUUAUUGAGAUGAACUUUGGUGAUUGGGCACCUCUAGCCGAAGUAAUCGAAAUUUGUACCCAGUUGCAGAAACAACAGCCAGGUCAAGGUGAACUUGAGCAGCCUUGAAAGGAAACAGUGAUUGCAUACAUUGCACACACGUGUAUUCACUACAAUUCUGUUCCUUGAAAUGAUUUCAUCUCCACUACAAUCAUUGU